AUGCCUCGCCGCACCUCAGCUCGUACUGCUGCAUCUUCCUCAACGCCCCGUGCUGCAUCACCCGCCUAUUCUACCUCUGCCCAGUCUCUUUCUCCCGAGCUCCAGGAGCUCCGUCGCCAGUGGAAAUGGGCUGCCUUCAGCCAGUUUUUCUCCACCUUCAGCUCCCUGUUUGCGUUGAGUGAGGUCACUGUGACGGACAUCGAGGAUGAUCUGACCUGCGCAACUAAUUCUGUGCUACCUCGUAUCAUGCACAGAUUACUCUACACCCUAACUCAAGAUAGAAAAAUAUCCCUCGAUAAUUGGCAGACAGCUUUACGAAAACAGUACAACAAACGAGACCCAGAUAGCAAUCCGAUCGGCCCCAUUGAGCUGGACCCUUCUGCGAACAAUCCUCAAUCGUCCAGGACAUCAGCAGCUCCCGACUUUGGUCCCAGCGGGAAUCUGGCAGAUGAAAAGGGGGACGAAACAAGUGCAUAUGCACUGGACCAAGCAUGUAUCACUAAAUACACAACAGAGGACCCGCUGGACGCUCCAGGAGUCCAAGAAGAGGAAGGUCCUAGUUCACCAGUACAACCAAACGAGUUACCUACAGAAGACUCAAAAAAUUGGCUUGACCUUCCAAUGCUCACGAAACUCGAGUCCAUGCAUACGCUCAUGGAAUGGCAGUUUCAGAAUCCCCAUCGGUUGCGUACGUUGAUGAAAGAUGACGAUGAAACAGCCCAAUGGCGUAUUGAACCGAUUGGAUACGAUUCCCAAAAGAAUGCUUACUGGUUGAUCGGAGCUGAUCGAUUGUGGAUUCAACGUGAACCUCCGAGAGCAAACUCAAAACGAAAGCGCGGUGCCAAAAGUAACAGUAUUGCACGACUUGGUUCGUUAACCAUCUCAAAAGGCUCGCAGCGGUCUAAGAAGCGCCAGCGUGGGGAUAUUGAUCCGGACGAAGAUGCUCCUUCAAGCAAGCGUAAUGCACAAUUAGGUCGUCCUAGAACACUCAUUGAUUUUGUUCCAACUGGCGCAAGGGGUGGCCGAGCUGCUAAGGCGCGUGCCAAUCAGAAGCUAGAUGCGCAGGCCAAAGAGCUGGCCGAGUUCCAACAACAAAUGUUACAACAUAGCCGUAAGCAACAUGAUUCACCAGUCAUUACCACGUCUAGUCCAAGGAAGCCGGUUGGAACUAGACUUAGUGCAAGGUUACGAGGUGCAAUAGCUGAGGAAGAAUGGCAGGAGAUACCUCAGGAGUGGCUCCUUGGGGACUCAGCUCCCAAAGGCUCGACAUCUGACAGAAAAGCGACAUCUAAUGGGUUCGCAGGGAAGGUGCCGAAGACUGGCCUAGAGAGCGACAUAGAAUCUAUUAGUGACCUUACGGAACUUAGCGAAGACCCCGAUGAUGAUGCUGGUGGUGGGGGAACACCUUCUCAGGAUGAGGUUACAGAUCACGAUACGGAGAGACCCAGGGAUUGUGUGACAGUAUGUCCUAUAGACUACGCAGAAGAUUUAACCCUCAAGGUUCCAAACAACUUCAUUGAAUGGGAAACAAUAUGCGUUACAUUACAAGAAUGGGAACGAAUCGCAGAUCGUUUCGAGAAGGCUACACAUUAUUCAGAAAAGGUUCUGUAUAAGACGCUGGCACACGGUAUCGUUCCCGUCAUUACAAACGAAUUAAGAGAAAUUGAGCGCAAGCGCCGGCUAGAAGAAGCCGUCGUUCAUCGAAAGCGGUCCUCUCGAAUCGCAAUAAAAGAAAGUGAAAAAGAAGAGGCACGGAUGGCUGCGAAAAGAAAGGCUGAAGAGGUGGAGAAAUUGAGUCGAGCACGAAGAUUAGAAGUUCGCUUGCAGAAGGAAGAAGCCGAUAGGCAACGCAGAGAAAAUGCCCGCGAGCAGCGCAGGAAAGAAAGGGAACAGAAAGACAAAGAACAAAUAACCUCUGAGGGUGCAAGACCCAAUGGUGUCCUCAAUAUUUCUGGAGGAAAGAUUGACCUUCAAUCGGUUAUCCUUACACCUUCCCAGGAUACAAGGAGGUCAACGAGACUACUGAGUGUUCCAGGCAGCGGCUCUCGUACCCCCAUGGGAGAAGAGUGGGAGUUAGAUUGUGAGGUCUGUCAUAAACGAGGCAUCAAUCAGGAUGACGGUACUCCAAUGAUGUGCUGUGGCUUGUGUUCCAAGUGGCAGCAUAUAUCGUGCCACGACAAAGCUGAUUCCAUUGCUGGUCGACAACAACGAAAUUGGGACAGGGAAGAGUUUGUCUGCCAACGUUGUAGUUUAAGCACGAAAACCUCGAUGUUUGACCAGCAGCUGCCGUUCCAAGGCAUUCCAUCCAAACCUCCGUCUCGUUCUGUCGGUCAUCAACCAUAUUUCCUUCCUGGCUUCAGUGAACAAAGAAGUUAUGGGAGCGCAAGUUACUACACUGAUGGCUUUCCCAAUGGACACUCUAAUCAUGAACAGCAUCAGUCCGAUUUGCGGGUUGCUGCUAUUGCCCCUAGUAACUCUAGACCAGUUCCUCAGUCGUCUCAUUCUACCGUUACCUUUGCACAUUAUCAGCCUCACCAGCGUGGAUUUUCCACUACUCUCCCUACUCACAGUGUAGAAGACCCGUCACAUCUCCAGGCUUCUCAACAUCCACAAUAUUCUUCACAGAGGUCAGGAUAUUCAAACGUUGCAAGGUACCCGUCCUUUCAGGCUCCUUUCACUCAGACCAGUCUUCCUCAGUCUCAUGAUGGGUGGAAUAAUCGGUCACCUUAUUCCCGAGACUACUCGUCGUACAGCUUGCCCAAUGGCUCAACGUCUCGUACCUCACUUGUGCAGGAACCCGACCAUUAUAUCAGCCGCCCUUCUGCCACCCCUCAGAUGCAUCCCUCUCACCUACGUGUGGACAGCGGGCAAUCUUUGAAUCAUUAUCCUACUUUUCCACGGUAA